AUGGCCGGGAGCGCUGAGAUGGCGUCCCUGGAAGAGAGCUUCCGCAAAUUCGCCAUCUACGGUGACACCAAAGCUACGGGGCAAGAGAUGAAUGGGAAGAACUGGGCCAAGCUGUGCAAAGACUGCAAAGUCACCGAUGGCAAAAGCGUCACCAGCACCGACGUGGACAUUGUCUUCUCCAAGGUGAAAGGGAAGACAGCCCGUGUCAUCAACUACGAGGAGUUCAAGAAGGCGCUGGAGGAGCUGGCCCCCAAGAGGUUCAAGGACAAGAGCAAAGAGGAGGCGUACGAGGCCAUCUGCCAGCUGGUGGCAGGGAAGGAGCCCAUUAACGUGGGCGUCACGAAAGCCAAGACGGUGGGGGCCGUGGAGAGGCUGACGGAUACCUCCAAGUACACGGGGUCCCACAAGGAGCGCUUCGACGAGAGCGGCAAGGGCAAGGGCAAGAGCGGGCGGGAGAACAUCGUUGACACCAGCGGCUACGUCAGUGCCUACAAGAACGCGGGCACCUACGAUGCCAAAGUGAAAAAGUAGGGAGGGGUGCCCGUGGCGCCCACCGCCCCGGUCCC